GAGUUGUUGGAAUAAUUGUGUAAGAAAGUCCUGCGGGUCACCACAGCGCAGUGAGGGCAACUCUGACGCUCAUGAAGCUACUCUGCGCCAUUUUGACUACUGGCAGCUGAGCCGGCUAGCUGGGUAAGAGGCCAACUGCUGUUCAACUUUCAAGGAUGUUUAGGGCCCGCUGGGUCCUGACUUGGUCUUGUCCCAUAAGGCCAUUGCUGCUAUUACGAGAAUCUCCCUUCUCUGCGUUGUCUAAACACACUGCUUCUGGAUGGCAGGGUGCAAGAGAUGUAAAGAAUAGGAGAUAUGAAGCGACCCGAGGAAGAAAGGAGGGGUCAUCACUAAACACAGAGACUGUAUCCUGUUUAACACAGCUGCCUUUAUGUAACGUGGACUGUAAUAAUCCGAAAGAUGCUUCAUUUCAAAACCUCCUAUCCAAAGCCAGUUUGUCCAGCAAUCAUCACCUCCCUCAGGUUUCUGGCUCUGCAAAAGCCAAACAAGCAUAUCCCUCUUUGAAAUCUACUGCAGUGAAAGCUACAGUUGAAAACCACAAGACUGUGAGCACUUACCAGAACUGUUUUAUCAACAAAACGUUUCUUCAACCCUGGAGAAGGGCUUGGGAUGUGAGCCAACCGUCACUCAGUUUCACCGAUAAGACUCAGUGUAACCCUCUUCAAAGCCAUUUAUAUAGCAGACAGCACUUUGUUAGAUCGUUCAGCUUGUCGACACACAGGCCAUGGAUUUUUAACCAAUUAAAUAGCAGACAACAACCUUCUAGCCUCUCUUCCCACAAAACCAGAGGCGUCCAUCAGGCUGCCCCUCAGGUGGCCGACACCUGGAGAGAUUGUCUGUCGCAUGAGAAUGAAAACAGGUGUCGACAGAGACUGGGGCCCAAUGUGAAGCUGUACGAAGUGGAUAAGGGGAAACAGCGGGCAAGCCAGGGAAAGAACCAGGGGAGAUGGGCCUCAGUCCUAGUUUCUCUGUGCUCUGAUCAUGGGGAGCCUGCAUUUCUCUUUACUCUGCGCUCCAGCACACUGAAGGGCAGGCACAAGGGAGAUGUCAGUUUUGCAGGAGGAAAGAGUGAUCCAUCAGAUGUGGAUGUGGUGGACACAGCGUUGAGGGAAGCCAGGGAGGAGCUUGGUGUUUCUGUGGCAACAGAGAAGGUCUGGGGCAUCCUGAAGCCUCUCAGGGACAUGUCAGGCAUGAUGAUAGCUCCUGUGCUUGUUAACCUCGGGCCCCUCGAGGAGAUGUCCUUCAAACCGAACCCUGGAGAGGUGGAGGAGAUUUUCACCCUGUCCUUGUCCCACUUGUGUAACCCUCAGAACCGUGGCUACACACACUUCCGCACCGGCAACAAGUAUGGAUACACCGUCCCAGUGUUUCGUAACGGGAAGCAUCGAGUGUGGGGUCUGACAGCCAUCGCUCUAGACCAUACCCUCAAACUUAUCAUCCCUUCUUAGCAGCAACUUCUUUACACUUGACAGUACACCCCUAAUGUGACUUAAAGAUUUCAUAAUAAUGUGCAAUCCAGCGCUGGAAUCGGUUCAUGAUUUCAUUUAUGAAGGUGAGGUCCUCUCCAGUAAGGAGAAGGAUUUUUCCAUUUGUGCACUUUCUUUCUCAUUGAUAAAGAGCUGGCGUUGGAAAUCUUUCAAUAAUUUGAAGACAUAUGAAGUAACAACAUUGAAAAGCUAUCCUUAUACUUUAUUAUACCUCAUUGUUGGACUGCUUUCAUUUUCAAAUCCGUACACAUCCUUUUCAAUUCAGCUUGAAAUCUUAUGUUACCAAUUAAAAGUAUUUAAACAAGUUAAA